AUGGGCACAGUCGGAGCCGCCCACAACGUGAACGUCUUAGGGUCGGGUGGGACCACCGUUGUCCUUGGCCACGGGUUCGGGACAGACCAGUCGGUGUGGAAGCACCUUGUCCCGCACCUGGUGGACGAGUACAGGGUUUUGUUGUACGAUAAUAUGGGCGCCGGCACAACAAACCCGGACUAUUUUGAUUUCGAACGUUAUUCGACUUUGGAAGGGUAUGCGUAUGACUUGAUCGCCAUUUUAGAGGAAUUCCAAGUCGAUAAGUGCAUAUAUGUUGGCCAUUCUCUCUCGUCCAUGGUUGCAGCUAUAGCCUCGAUUUUUAGGCCGGAUUUGUUUCAUAAGCUUAUCAUGAUCUCGGCUACCCCAAGGAUGAUGAACACGGACAACUACUUUGGAGGGUUCGAGCAGGAAGAGCUCAACCAGCUGCAAGCCGCCAUGGAGGAAAACUAUGCGUCGCUGGUUUCAGGCUUUGCACCGCUAAUGUUGGGCUGCGACUUGGACUCGCCCGUCAUGCAGGAGUUCAGUCGGACCCUCUUCAGCAUCCGACCCGACAUUGCCGUAAACGUGGUCCGCACGAUCCACAAUCUCGACUUGAGGCCCUACCUCGGCCAUGUCACUGUACCCUGCCACAUCAUCCAAAGCUCCAAGGACAUUGCCGUGCCAGUGGUGGUUGCCGAGUACCUCCAUCAAAACCUUGGUGGCAAGUCGGUGGUCGAGCUGAUGCCCACCGAGGGCCACAUUCCCCACCUCAGCUCGCCAGAGGUCACGAUUCCCGUGAUUCUCCGCCAUAUAAAAUACGAUAUCGUGGAUAACUGA